AUGGCAACCGGCGUGGAAGAUAUUCCACCCCUGAAAAUUCCUAUAGACCUAGGUAAAAAUUUGAGAGAUUUUGUGUAUAAUAUGGAAAUAUCAGAUUAUAAAAGAUACGACGACGAAUAUGAUAGAAAGCGUAGUAAUCGAUAUCGGUCUCGUUCUAGGUCAACUUCUCGUACUCCACCAGAACGUCGUAAAAGGUCAGAGCAAGUAAAUGGUCUCGCUAAAUCUCGAUCUAGAUCUCCUCACGCUGUACCUCCUGCAGUAGAGGAGAAGGAGGCGACUGCUUAA